ACCACAGCACAGAAUGACACUACCAGCCCAUCUUAGUUACUGAUUAACUCCAGGAAGUAGAUAACAAUUCCAUACUGUUCAGCAUGAAGUCAAUGAAAGCUAUAUAGGCCAUCAGGAGAUAUGUGCACAUUUUUUACUACAUAAUUAUUUUUAUAGAGGAAUAUGAAGAAAAAGAAAGCCAAUUCGGGGGAGAAUGCUCCCCCAGUCUCAAAGUGUCCGGAUAAUACUGCCUUUAAGCAGCAGAGAAUCCCAGCAUGGAUGCCUACGCUGAACGCCCCAUCAGUUCUCAGCACAUUUUAUAUCAUUGGUGCAUUCUGUCUCGCUGUAGGGAUCAGCAUGAUUGUGGCUACAUCAAAUGUUCAAGAAAUAUGGGUAACAUAUUCGGAUUACUGUUCUGAAUGUACAGAACUUCGUAAAAAUUCCUCUUAUUCUGAAAUACCAUGCACCUGCACAGCAAGCUUCUCUGUACCAGAGGAAAUUAAGGGAAACGUGUUUAUGUACUACGGCCUUACAAAUUUUUUCCAGAACCAUCGUCGUUACGUCAUUUCACGAUAUGAUACACAGCUUCUGGGUAAAAAUGUAACCACUGAAGAGAACGUCGUCAAGCAGAGUUAUUGCUCCCCAUUUACUGUUUACUCAAAUGGAACCCCAAUGGCUCCCUGCGGGGCUAUUGCAAACAGUUUGUUUAAUGACUCAAUAACACUUUCAUUCCAUCCCAAUGCAUCUACCACCAUACAAGUACCCCUUCUGCGGACUGGGAACACCUGGUGGUCUGACAAGAAUGUGAAGUUCCAAAAUCCAAAACCAAAAGAUAAUCUCAUCCAAGCCUUUGCUGGCAGUGGAAGGCCGCCAUACUGGCAGAAGACCCCCUAUGCGCUUGAUUCUCUCGAUCCUAACAAUAAUGGCUAUGAGAAUGAUGACUUCAUUAAUUGGAUGAGAGUCGCGGCCUUACCAAACUUUAGGAAGCUUUACCGACGUCUCUCUCGUGUCCAGGAGUUUUCUAAUGGCCUCCCAGCUGGAAACUACAGCUACACUAUUGAAUAUAAUUUCCCUGUGUCCAAGUUCAGUGGACAGAAGCAUGUUAUUCUGGCUACACUGUCAUGGUGCGGGGGAAGCAACAUGUUCCUGGGCAUUGCCUACACGGUCACCGGAGCGCUGAUAAUACUGACUGCUUUUGUCAUGCUGGCUGUGCACUUGAAAAACAAGAAGCAGAGAAAAACGUUCUCAAGAAAGUGAAUAUCUAAAACUGGGAUGAUUAAUACCAAACCGUUGCGUGGACAGCGUGAACAUCUUUCCCCAGCAAACCACGUGUAUAAUAAAAAAAGUAAAAAGUUCCAAGAUGUUGA